AUGGGUUUGAAGAAGGCGUGGACCUACGACAGCACCAUGCCCGCUGAACUUGCAGAAGAACUCGGAUUUUCCAGCUUCCAGCCUCCAUCUCCAGUUCGAUGCUCAAACUUUGGCGAGAAACAGGCGGCAUUAGAAUCACACAGCUUGUCGGCGACGGGUGAUUUGGAGUCGGAAGGUGUCCGUGGAUGGCUUCGUAUCUCUGUUGCGGCUCGAGCGCAUGAGCUAAAGAAACGCACGGUGAAGACGCAGGACAAGAGUCGGCGCUUUACUUGCCCAAUGCCCGUCCUUAUUAUUGAUGGCGAUGCCAAGAAGGAAUCGAGGCGACCAGGCGAAUGUGGUUUUGGGCUGGAUACAAAUAAAGCCGGUAGCGGCGAGGCAUCAAUGACGAAUUCACCCUCUCCUCCGGCAAAAGCCGCCAAAGAACACAAGAGAUCGGCAUCUGAACCCAUAAGUAUCAAAACUGUCGAUGAUCUCAUACAACAUCUCAAGAAGAUUGGACGUUGGCAAUCAGAACCAUCAUCCAAAGCAACUGCCUCGAAACCAAAGGAUUUGCCUGUCCAGCCAUUCAACGAGCCCAAUACCGCAUAUGAAAUAGGCGAUUCCUCCUUUGAUUCCCAGUUCUCAGCCGAGAGCGAAGCCACGUUUUGUAAUAGAGACCCCGCAUUGGCAGAUGCAAAGGCGAAAGACGAUGAAUCGCAGUCCAACACCAAAGUCCUGGUACACCAAGUGUACUGA